AUGCCGCCAGCCGACGCACCACAGUUACACAACUACCAUCAUCCUACUCCACAGGGUACUCAGAUGCCACAAGCAUGGAAUCGAGCACCCUUACCUUACUACGAUCCGAGUGACCACAGACCGCCUCCUACCGACGCACCUCCACCUCACCAUCCUUCUUAUCCUCCUUUCCUAAAUUCUCAUCCUCCUCCUCCGCCGCCACCAAGUCAGACUCCGACAUACACACUUGAUCCCACCUAUAGCCGACAGAACAGCGCUUCUGACCCGCCAAGAUCACCUUUCAGUGUACCGCCCCCUCACUACCCUCAGGCUGUCAACGGUGCGCCUCCGCUGGACAACUAUUACUAUCGCCAGCACUACGGCAAUCGUCCCGCAUAUGCUCCUUCAGAAAGCCCUGUAAAUGCUCCGCAAUCCGCAGUGCACGUACGGACAACUAGUCAUGCGAUGAUGCCUGGUCAGCCCCAAGCUCAAGAGCCGGCGCCCGGCUAUCUGCCGGUACUUCAUUCUGCCGGACCACCUCCAACGCCCCAUGACUGGGGUCCUCCACCUGGCGGUCGGUAUCAGCAACAGAGGCGCAAAUCUGUGCGCGCCGCCCAAGCGUGCGAUUCGUGUAGACAGCGGAAAGCAAAGUGCGAUGAAGGGAGACCAGAAUGUACACAUUGCAGAGAGAACGGAUUGUGGUGCACGUAUCGAGAUGUGCCGCCCCAGAAAUCGGAGGGACAGAUGUUGCAGAUGAGUGAGAAAGUGGGUCAACUUAGUGACAGACUUGACAGCUACAUCAAGUCCGCCGAUGACAAAGUGAACAUUCUGCUCAACACCGUUCAGUCUCUGGUAGACAGGCGAACUGUAGAAACCAAAAGCCCAGGCAGCGUGCCAAUGUCGAAGACAGCAUCGCGACCGCACACGAAGGAAGAGGCAAGUUCUGACCAUUUAGUGCACUUCAGAGGCCAUGAAACGGUCAAUGCGGGCUUUAUUCAAAAUUCAAGGUUUGCUGUAGACCAGACACAUAGUACAGAGGGCUCGAGCCCAAAUGAGAAGAAGAAGAGAAAGCGUGUGAGUGCCUCGGCUCUUCUUGAAUGGCCUGCGAUAAGUGAGUUGGUACCCAAAGACAUACCUGCAUCCUACGUGCUGGAGGGCGAGGCAAAACGAGGUCUGCUGCGACUCUACGGUUGUGGUGAAGGAGAUGGCAAAGGUGAUGGCCACGAAGGCGCCGUGGCCAGUGCCGCUGCUAGUAGUUGUUCUGGUCGGGUGGAUGAAGAGGCCUCGACUUCGUCACCGAGCGGCGUGUGGGGCACAGGACCGCUGCCAUACGGAGAAGACAAUCAACGCGCAGUAUACGAUUGUCCGGGCGGAGUUACCGCGAACGGUGAGCUGCUGCUCGACAAGGAAGCCGUCGACACCUACGUGAAGAGCUACCUCGGUCGCAUGUACAUCCUGCACCCUUUCCUCGACAAGAAGGUCCUGCGAAAGAUGGUGAACGUGUUCAAAAAGAAGUAUAGCUGGGACGAUAACAAUAACGCAAACCCUUUGGCACAAAGUGUGGGUGUCGGCACAAAGCGAAAACGCGAAUCGAGCCAGUCGCCACAUUCAACCAGAGGCGACCUGCAUACAAUUCCUCAUCACAACAGUGUGCGGCAACGCGUACGCAGCAACCCACCGAUUGAGCACUCUGUCUCAAAUGCCAUCGUCCUGCUAGUGAUGGCGCUCGGCCAAAUUUGUGCCUACGACAAGCCACUCCCUGGACCGGCCAAAAGCUCGUCCAUUGCGCCCAAUGGGAAGACAACGGUGCAACAGCCACAAUUGGGAUAUAGCGACUUGCCUCCCCUUGGACGACCGCCUUCGUCUGCACCUCAGUCACCGUCUAUACCGCAUAUCAACGGGCUGUCAAUGGGGCUUGCUGGCUCGAGUCUCCGUGGCAAGAACAUCGGCGUCAUUCCAGGUCUGGCCUAUUUUGCUAAGGCUGCCGGCAUAUUGGGCGAACUGCCCGGUGGGGUCGAUGUAUCGCAUGUACAAGCUAAUCUGCUAGCAGGGUUGUACAUGGGCCAGCUUGCACGUGUUAUCCCCAGUCAUUGGUACAUUGCCAAUGCAUGCCGAGCCUGCAUGAUCUUGAUCGAGUCUUCGGAAUUCAAAGAGAAGAAAAUGUCACGCGAAAGGCGCAAUUUGAUCAAUUUUGCUUUCUGGAGUUGUUUGCAGCUGGAAAGCGACAUUCUCGCAGAAGUCGAUCUUCCCCCCAGCGGAAUUGUCGCGACAGAAGGUGCCAUGGCUUUUGAAAUCCCAGAUGAUUUCACAGUUGCGGACCCUGAGGCAGAGGGAUACGUGCCCGGCACCAAAGAUCCCACAGCCGACCACUAUUCGAACCAAAUUCAGCUUCGAAGAACUAUCAAUGAUGCGGUCAACCACAUUUACAAUUCUUCGCGGGAAUCAGAGAAGCCAUCGGAGGCGAUAAUAUCGACAAUCACAGAAAUUCUAGAGAGUUGGCGGGAGUUGACGAGAGAAAGGUUAGAUUGGGAUUGGGAAGAGGAUGAGUUCGAGAGUACCGAUAUCAACCUAGCCAGGAUGCGAGGCAAGUACUAUGGGGCGAAGUAUCUCAUCAACCGUCCAGCCUUACAGUAUGCUUUGAACCUGGCCGGUCCUGGAACCCCGAUGAGCCAAACCUCAGAGUCGCCGAUUGGCGGCGGUGCUCAGUCUGAACACACAUUUCCCCCAAUGAACUAUCAUGGCGAUCCUCCUUCAAGCCGAAAAGUUGGUGAAACACGCCCUCCUGCGCAAGCGGCUGAGCAGCCCUUAGAGCCAUGGAUCCUGGACGCCUGCACACAAUGCAUUGAUGCCGCCAUCAAGAGUACGACUGCCUUCGACAAGGUUCCGGGGCGCCUGGUGAUAACUAAUAUCCUAGGCACGGCUCACGCACAGUUUGGCAAUGUCCUCGUCCUUGCUGCGACAUUCAACUCGCCGGACCCACGACUGCGAUCGCUCGUGUCGGAAGAAAAGCUUCGCGAACUUCUGACACGCACUAUCGGGUUCUUGGACGACAAAGCGAGCGUCUCCCCAGCACUCGGCAAAGACGCCCAAAUCCUCCGCCAUGUACAAAACGAGCUGUUUCCCCGCAGAAAUGUCACUACAUUCUACCCGAGCAGCGCGAAUUCGAGCUUCUCAUGUCAUCGCUAA